AUGUCUGUACCAAAAGCGGUAACCCCGAGCUACACUCGGGCUUUACCAUGCGGCGCUGCAUAGGGAGUCCCUGCAGCACUUUCCUUGUCCUUCGCUCCCGCGGUGUCUCCCCUGCAGCGUCCCCGGCCAUCUCCUCUGGCUGCUGCCGGCAUCCGGCUCUUGUGUUCCGGUCCCUGUGACGUCGGGAUGUACGGGCGCGGCGGCGGGAAAUUUGAAAAUUUUUUAAAAUGUCUUUUUUCAAAAUGAUUUUACAUAUGCUCUGUCCUGUCCCUGUCUGCAUUUUGACUGUUCUUUCUG